GACAAGCUUCCAUUUGUUUUUCUCGGGUUUUCUCUCCGCUUCUGCUUAGCUUUUAUCGCUGGAAAGCAUGAAAAUCGCCCGGGAGAGUGUCUAAUUGCGUGGUAAAAGUGCUGGGCAGAGGAUGAGUGAGGCGUACUCGCAUCAAGUGCUGCGAACGGUCGUGGCGCAGAUUUGCCAGACCAUCGGCUGGCAUUCCAUCCAGUCCGGCACUCUGGACAUCCUCGUGGACACGGCCAAGCGCUACAUCCAAGCCCUGGGCCACGAGACGCACAGAUACACGGAAUUGGCUCAGCGCACGGAACCGAAUCUCGAUGACUUGGCGGAGGCUCUGGAUUCGUGGCGCGUGAGCUACAGUGAUAUUCUGGAGUUCGUGAGGAAUGUGAGUCCCGAGGAGUGCGCCGUGAAGGUGCCGAAGUAUCCGGCGAGGAAGGAGAAUCACCUGAACUUCCUGAAGCCGGGCAGCAAGGAGGUCAUCACGCGGCCGGUGCACAUUCCCGAGUACCUGCCGCCGAUGCUGCCCGAGGAGGAGGACGAGGCGAAGCAGGCGGAGAAGGAGAACGCCCGCCGCGACGGGGAGAUCGACGUGGUGUCUCUGUCGCCGCGCCAGACGUCUCAGACCAAGACACAGCCGGAGUUCGUGGCGCCGCAGGGUGUGCCGCGGCCGCGAUUCAGCAACCAGGCGCAGGAGGACGACAUGGGGCGCGCCGUGAGGGAGAACAGCAGCGUUAUCAUGACCACGUCGGGCUUCAUUUCGCCGUCGCGCGCCGGAAAGCUGCCGGACGCGAAGCUCUCGGUGGACUUGGCUGAGCUGCUGCACCAGCUGGUGGGUCCCGAGCUGCCACCACCGCCGCCGAAGGUGUUCCCGAGCGUCGUGCCGAGCAAGGACGGCGAUCCGGCGCCGCUGCUGACCGCGCCGUCGCCGCUGAACAUCGCCUCGGCGAAUCCCGAGAAGUUCGACGUGAAGGUGAAGGGGCGCAAGGGCGCCGAGCGGAAGCCGCCGGGCGAGACUCGGCCGCGGCAGAGGUCGGCCAAGGCGCACGCCCACAAGGCGAAGGACGGGCCGCCGGCCAAGAGGCAGCACGCCGGCAAGAAAGCGGCCCAGCAGCCGCCGCUGCCGCCGCCCGACGUGCCGCUGCCCAUGGACUUGGCCACGGUGAAGAGGCCGCCGGAGGAGGCGCCCGAGGCGCCGUUCGUGGAGGGCAAGAUCAGCGCCGAGCCGGACAAGCUGAAGAUGAACAUCUUCAAGCGCAUCUCAUCGACGAAAGUGACUGGCGUGAAGGAGGAGAAGCCGCAGAUCGUGGAUCUCACGCUGCAGGACGCCUCGCCGGAGCCGGAGCCGCACACGAGCGUGAGAGUCAUUCCACAGACGCCGCUCUCGCCGCCGCCGCCGACGACGAAGAAGAAACUCAACGCCGGCCGGACUGCGGAGCCGAAGGAGCGGAAGAAGCCGAAGACGGAGAGAGCGUCCAAGAAGCAGAAGAUGUCCAUGAGUCAGCCGAUGAUGGACAAUCCAAUGCGCUUCGACUUCAACUUUCCCGGCCAGAGUGGCGCGGAUUUCCAGCACGCGCCGCUGGAGCAGAAGAAUCCCAUCUCGAUGUUCCCGCAGCAGCCGCCGCGGCCGACUGGGCCGCACAAUCUCUUCAACCUGUUCAACUUCUCGAGCAGUCCUGGCCUCAUUCCGCCGCCGUCGCUGUUCGGCAACCCGUUCGGGCUGCAGCAGCAGCCGGGCGGGCUGCACUUCCCGCCGGGCGGCAUUCGGGGCCCGAAUCCCUUCACGCUGAUGCCGCUGCCGCGCUUCCCGCCCAUCACCACGGCCAUCCCGGCCGGCGCGCCGUCGUCGCCGGCGCCACUGUCGCCACAAGUGGUGCCGGACAAGAGUCAGUGCAACGUGGCGCCGCUGGUGCCGGAGUCGCUGAAGCUGGAGCCGCUGAUCCUCAACAUGUCCGCGGGUGCGUCGUCGCCGGGCGUGGAGCCGAAGGUGGAGCCGGCGGCGGCGGCGGCGGAGGAGGAUGAGGAGGAGGCGAAGCGGCGCAAGCUGGAGAAGAAGGUGAAGAAGAAGAAAGAGAAGAAGGAGAAGACGCGCGACAAGGAGAAGAAGCGCGAGGAGAAGCGCGCGCUGAAGGACGCCAAGGCGAAGGAGAGGCGCGAGAAGAAGCGCGAACGCGAGCGCGAGGGCUUCAUGGAGCAGCAGCAGCAGCAGGAGGGCAUGACGGUGGGCAUCCCGAAGCUGACACUGAAGCUGGGACACUCGCCCAAGUCCAUGUCGCCGGACGGCGGUCGGAAACUCAUGAUAAAGCCCAUUAAGCGGGAAUCCGCGAUGUCGGGUGAGACUGAAGGCGGAGGAGGAGAAAUGCCUGAAUUGGCCAAGAUUUCGCCUCUGGUCACGCGACCGCCGAAGCCAAAGUCACCCACGUUUGGCCACGGAUUCUUCCAGCAUUCGCCCACGGGAUCCAGCCUGCCGCCGACUCCGGGCAUUUCUUCCAGCGCUAAAGGCUUCGGCGCAUCUCUGGCGUCUCCCACGGACGCCAUGAAGAGUCCCACGAGCUCACUGACGCCCAUGCCGGCGAGAGGACGUCCCAAGGGGAGUGGCAGCAAGCAACACGGCGCAGGACUGUCAGUAGCGCCAGCGACGCCCGGACUGAUCUCUGGUCUGAAUCUGCCGAUGGAAACGAGUCUCAUUCCAGAGAAGAUGAUCAAUAAUUCAAUGAGGGACGCCGACGGCAACCAGGUGUGGAUCUGCCCGGCGUGCGGACGCGUGGACGACGGCACGCCCAUGAUCGGCUGCGACGGCUGCGACGCGUGGUAUCACUGGGUGUGCGUGGGCAUCCAGGUGCCGCCGGACGCCACGGAGGACUGGUACUGCCGCGUGUGCAUCCUGAAGAAGCAGGAGAUCCAGGCGGGCGGCGGCAGCGGGUCGGAGAGGAAGAAGAAGCGCAAGCGGCGCGACAAGAAGCAGCAAGUCUAGCCGAUUUGCAUGCCAAUAAAUUGUAUCCUGUUCGA